AUGCUUGAUCAACUGCCUUCAGAGAUAAUCGUCCAUCUAGCUCUAUAUAUUCCGUCGCUCAAGUCUCUCACAAGCCUCUCCCGGACAUGUCGACGGCUCCGCAAUAUUUUCAUUGCAGAGGAAUCAGCAAUUUUCAGAACGUUCGUCUUGAACAGAUUUAGUGGGACUCCAACCCCUCCGUUCUGGAAAGAUGCAGCUUGCGCGCUCGCAGCACGAUCGCGUGCCCUGGACAGACUCGGUCUCAUUGGCCGUUUCGUACCCCCAUCAGAAAAAGCCAUAAGGAUUGGGACCAAGGAAUCAUCUCGUUUGGAUAACCCCACGUUAGGAUACAAACCCUCGAUCGAUUCCUAUGAGGUUUGGAAUGGAGAGAGCUGGGCAGAUCGAAAAGAGGUGCUCGCGUGGGGAGCUGGCCACCAACUUGUGAUGCGAGUCAAGAAAUCCGGAAGGAAAGCCCAGGAACAGUGGGCGGUAUUCAAUGAUGUGGAACGUCCUUCAAGCUAUGAUGAUAUAUGCGGUGUUCAUCUCCUUGAAGCUGAGAUGAAUGGCAAAGACAUGGAUAUCGAGAACUUGAUCUUCGGCCGCUGCCGGGGCGAGCUUGUACAUGCUGCACUUUCUCCAGACGAUGCCUCUUAUGAGUAUAAACAUGUGUUCAAUACACGUGGGCAUCUAUUAGAUCAGACGGAUCUGUAUGGAAAUAUUUUGACCGCUCAUCUAGAUGAUGGUUCCAUUGUUUUCUACCAAAUCGACGGCGACGAGAAACAAGUCGACCCUUUCGAAAUCAUUCCUGAAGGAGAAGGAGCAGCAGCUCGCAAUCGGUAUUCAAAACUUUUGUCACCAGACCGGGUUGCUGUUUCUGCUGUAAAAAUAUCUAAUGCUUUACUCAUUUCGACUAUCACUCCGGAUGGGCUACAUGAGGAAAGAGAAAUUGGCACCAAGUUUUUGGACCCUGAGGAAGAGCUCCGUGCUUCGCCGCAUGCUAGCGUUUCUGCUAUCGCUCCUCUUAACACACAUGCACUUUCCGGUGCCCCAGGUGACGUUUUUAUCGCAGCUUGGGGAGAUCGUUCCAUCCGACUUCAUGAUCUUCGAUCACCACAUGCCUUCGGAGGAAUUUACAGGGACUCGAUUGACUUGAGCCUCAUCUAUACGGUGCACCCAUUUGGCCACAAUCGGUUUUUAGCGGGAGCCAGCGGAGAUGCUGUGCUAAAGAUAUUCGAUCUACGCAUGACAAAUUCUUAUGAUUAUCUGGAGGCUCGGUCUAAGCCACAAAAGACGGGCUUGGGCUACGGUCCUCAACGGGACUUUUCCCUCUUCCUUUCAGCCCACCCCAGCAUUGUCACACCUCGUCAAUUCACUCGAGUACACCAAGCAGGCGCCUAUCGAGGUGCAAUCUAUUCCAUGUCUUCCCCUUCUCCAUCGUCGCCGACCGUCUAUACCGGCAUCACAGACGGAGUUAUCCGUCUUGAUUUUGCUUCAACAGAUGACUUGACAGGGCCAGCCCAGGGUUGGUAUGACUAUAAUCUCGAUUUGGGCGUCGACACAGGCCAACCGCCAGACUCAGCAGGCACAAACAAGGUGCUCCGGAUGGCUGGAUACGAGCGUCCGGACCCCGACGCUGUGACCUUCACAUCGAAAUUGAGGAAGCAGCAUGGAUCGUGGUACCCAGAGUCGAAGUUCAUCCAUAAUGAGGUAGUAACCGGCUGGGAUCGACGAUGGGAGCUGCAGGAGAAGCCAGGUGCCUGGAGACGCCCAGCAUACCAAUGA